UUCAGAAGGAGCCAGGUAAAAGGCUAGCCCUCUGUAGGCUAUUGAAUAAAAGAACAGGGCAUUGUUUCCACUUCUCAUCAGCCGAAGAUUUGCUUCGCAUGGUUUGGGACCUGCCACAGGAUCGAGUAGCAGCAGUUCAUGCUGGCAAGUUUGAGGAAUGAUUAAGAGCACAGGGAAAGGCUACUGCAGAAGCUAUUGCAGCAGAAUGAAUGAGUGUUGGAGUGAAUGAGUGGAGAAGGACCGAGUCGGCUGAGCUCUGCCCGGAUUCUCCCAUCUCUUGCUCCGUCUUCAUUAACUGUCUCUAGUAGGGCUACGGAGAAAAACAGAUGCACUGAGCAAGUGCCCGCUGGAACUGUGACGGUACCCUCUCCAUUGUGGAAAAUGGUAAACAGAGACAUGAAUGGAUUCCCAGUCAAGAAGUGUUCGGCCUUUCAGUUUUUUAAGAAGAGGGUACGAAGAUGGAUUAAGAGCCCAAUGGUCAGUGUAGACAAGCAUCAAAGCACCAGUCUCAAAUUCACGGGGCCCUCUGCGAUGCACAUAUCUCAGAGUGAGCCAGACUUUGAAACUCCCCUAUGCCAGACAUGCCUGGGCGAUCACAGUUUCCGGAGAGGGAUUCUGCCUCAGGAGGAGUCAUGCUCCUGGGAAAGCCACCAAACUCAUGAAAUGAAGGACCCUUAUUCUAACGCUGACAUUGUGAAUAAACCUGAUCCGAGAACUUUCUGGAAUAACGAAGACCCAGCUUUUAUGAAGCAAAGACGAAUGGGGCUGAACGACUUCAUUCAGAAAAUUGCCACCAACUCCUACGCAUGCAAACACCCCGAAGUUCAGACUAUUUUGAAAAUAUCCCAACCUCAAGAGCCCGAGCUUAUGAAUGCCAAUCCAUCCCCUCCACCCAGUCCUUCGCAGCAGAUCAACCUAGGCCCAUCAUCCAACCCUCAUGCUAAACCAUCAGAUUUUCACUUCCUGAAAGUGAUUGGGAAAGGGAGUUUUGGGAAGGUUCUCCUUGCAAGGCACAAGGCAGAAGAAGAAUUCUAUGCAGUCAAAGUUUUACAAAAGAAAGCAAUCCUGAAGAAGAAAGAGGAGAAGCACAUCAUGUCAGAACGCAAUGUCCUGCUGAAAAACGUGAAGCACCCUUUCCUGGUUGGGCUCCACUUCUCUUUCCAGACGGCAGACAAAUUGUACUUUGUCCUCGACUACAUUAAUGGUGGAGAGUUGUUCUACCAUCUCCAGAGGGAACGUUGCUUCCUGGAACCAAGGGCUCGUUUCUACGCAGCUGAAAUAGCCAGUGCCCUGGGUUAUUUGCACUCCCUGAACAUUGUUUAUAGAGACUUGAAGCCAGAGAAUAUUUUGCUCGAUUCUCAAGGGCACAUUGUCCUGACUGACUUUGGACUCUGCAAAGAAAACAUAGAACACAAUGGCACAACAUCCACCUUCUGUGGCACACCUGAGUAUCUUGCACCAGAAGUUCUUCACAAGCAACCCUAUGACAGGACUGUUGACUGGUGGUGUCUAGGAGCUGUUCUUUACGAGAUGCUGUAUGGAUUGCCUCCAUUUUAUAGCCGGAACACCGCUGAAAUGUAUGACAACAUUUUGAACAAGCCACUUCAGUUGAAGCCAAACAUCACAAAUUCUGCCAGGCAUCUACUUGAGGGCCUACUGCAAAAAGAACGAACCAAGAGACUUGGGGCCAGGGAUGACUUUAUGGAGAUUAAGAACCACAUUUUCUUCUCUGUAAUUAACUGGGAUGAUCUCAUUAAUAAGAAGAUUACACCCCCUUUUAACCCAAAUGUGAGUGGACCCAGUGACCUGCGGCACUUCGAUCCCGAGUUUACAGAAGAGCCGGUCCCCAACUCCAUUGGCCAGUCCCCGGACAGCAUUCUCAUCACUGCCAGCGUCAAAGAAGCAGCCGAAGCGUUCCUGGGCUUCUCCUAUGCACCCCCCGUGGAUUCUUUCCUCUGAACUGGCUGGCGGGGGCACGGCUUUUGGAAGGGCAUCGGGGGCUUUUUUAAUUUCAAGAUUUUUAUGUUGUUGUUGUUGGCCUUUAGACUGAUCUGCCGGCUGACUGAUCAUCUUGAAAGAUAAUUUGCACAUCUCUGUGGAAGCUUGGCAGCCUUUAAUUUCAAACUACACUGUUUGCUGGAAGCUUUCUGAAGAGCACAUACUCCUUGCAGUGAGCUCACAAGAUUUGUUGUUGUUGUUGUUGUUUUUAGUCUCCCCUCAAGUGGUGCUAUCUCUUUGAAACGAGCAUCAGAUGGCUGUCCUAGACGGCUGUGGUAGUUUGGUAGGAGCAAGUGGCUGUGUGGAAGUGGUUUUCUCAAAAUCCUUGCUUGAAGAUCUAUCCAGAUCUGCUAAUGGAUUUUAUGAAAUGUGCCUUUUUCUGAUGAGAUCGUGUUAGCUCCAAAGCUUUCCUGUUGCAGAGUUUCUCUUUUUUUUUCUCCCUCUCCUGUGGAUAUACUAUGUGAAAAUGGUAUGAGUUUGGUAUGCUUACUCCAGAUGGAUUUAGUUUGCAUCAAUGUGACACUUGCAGGAUUCUACAAAGUGGGACAUUGUUUGUUUUCUUCCAUAUUUGGAAGAUAAAUAUACGUCUAGACGUUGAGGGGAUUUUUUUGUAAGAUAUAUAGUUAAUAACUAAAUUUUAUUGAAAUGGGCUUGCCAUGACUUGUACCCAGAUGCUUGAAGAAAGCAUUGCUGCUACAAAUAUUUCUAUUUUUAGAAAGGGUUUUUAUGGACCAAAAUGCCCCAACUGCAGUCAGUUAAAGCUGUUGGUUUCACUGAAUAGAAGUUUGAAACGGUCACCUGUAAAAUGGGCAUUAUUUAUGGUUUUCCUUUUUGCAUUCCUGAUAAUUACUUGUAAUGUAUUGUAAAGAAAAGACAAAAGUCUGUACAUUGAGUUAUAACAUUAGAUGUAUAUUUAAACUUCCAGGCUUACUUGUAACAUGUAUAUAUCAUCAUUGUAAUGUACUGUAAUUAACAUGGGUAUAAUAUGUACAACCCUCACCACACAACUUUUUUUGUGUGAUCAAACCUAUUUUGGUUUGCAGUAAAAGUCUUGAAAAAAA